GUUGUGAGGGAGGGGAGAAAGAGCGAAAGAGGGAGAACAGGGGAGGUAGAGGAGAAUAUUAGCAGGAGAGAUAAAGAGGACAGGAGGGGGAAAGAAAAAGAGAGUCUGAUCGGUUUGUGUUUGAAGAGAGGAAGGGGGCCAGGGUGUGAAGGAGCGAGCCAGGCGAGAGAAGACCAGUGUUCAGGAGUGGGACUACCCAGCAGUGGGAGGUUCCUCCAGGGGGGUUAUAGUGAUCGUCGGCAGCGACCUCGCCUUUCCACUGGGAGUCAGACCCCCAGGAUCCAGAGCCAUGGAUCCCUCCGUGUCGACCGAGGUCGAGGGGGAGCCCAAGGAGAGGAAGAAGAUCCAAUUUGCCGUGCCGGCCUCCGCACCCACCAACCUGGACCCUCGGCAAGUGGAGAUGAUCCGGCGCAGGAGGCCCACACCUGCCACGCUGUUCAGAGUAGCCGACCAAUCGUCUCCUGAGGAUGAUCAGUCCACCCAUCAGGUAAAGUGGGUCGUCGGAGAGAACGGAGUGCUCAAACCAAAACGUGUCAAUCCAAACGUGUAUCAGCCUCCAUCACUCAAAGCUGUGCAGAAGAUGGCUGAAGCACACAUGCAGAACCUAGGUGUCUACCCCCCACUAGAAGAUCCUUGUGAAGGGGAGGAGGAUGAGGACCACUGGCAGGGAGAGGAGGGAGAGGACACAUCUCCCACCAAAGCUGCUGAUCACCAAGAGACGGCGACCACCGGCCAGUCAGACAAGUUUUCCAGCGUGAGAGAGACGGCCAAGCAGAUCCAAGCAGCACAGGAGGAGGAGGAGGAGGAGGAGGAGGGGGACAAAACCAAGGAAACGACAGAGGAGAACAGCCGGGGGAGCAACUGAGACAGAGAGAGAGAGAGAAAGAGAGAGAGAGAGAGAGCAGGGAAGGACUGGGGGGAGUGAAGGUGUUUUGUGAAGGGGUUCAAAUCUGACGACCUCAAAGAUGACGAUGCACAAAGUGAGGAUGCGAGCGAGCCGGGGGGGCCGACUGAACGAAACAUGUGAGCGAGCAAAGAUUUCUGCACUGCUUCACCUCUAAGGGGUGAGGCGGAUUAAAAUAGAGGACAGAGAGGGAGUUUGUGUAAUGGGAGUCAGCCCUUAUGAGCAGGUGAGGAACGAUCUACUGACAGAGUAGACUACAGACGCCACUUUGGCCCUAAUGUAUGUCCCUUUGUUUUUAUGGCGAGUGGAGGGGCCAAGGUCAACAUGACCAGAUACCCUGUACGACCUGUCCUCCCUCCACCUUAAAGCUUCUGCACAGAGCUAAAUGUUCCUUUAAAGAGGGCGAUCAUUUCCACAAUAAUCACAGGAAGCACUCAUAUAAACUCCCUCUGCACAUUUUUUUUUAACAAAGACUCUCUUAAACAGCACUUGAAAGUCUUCAUUGUGAUCACUCUGAUCUGCAGCAUGUUCCAUGUUUGGCCCAGUGAUUAAAUGUGCAUGUGCUGCCAUCUUGUGGUGGAAACCGGAACGACAUGUUGAAAGAGAUACUCCAACCCAACAUUGUGCCAUGUGCUUAAAGUUAUAAUCCUUAAUAUUUUCAUGGGGUUAAACCAGUUUUAAUGCUCGUCAUGGCUCACAUUAGCCAUUCGCAUUGUGACAGUUCUCCCUCUGUGUGUCUGCUAUUCUCAUGUGGGAUUCGUGGGAAAUGAUGCAGCAUCUCAUCGAUAAAAUUAGCACUUUUCACUCUUCUCAUCAAUCAGGACUGAAAUUUUACGGAUUAUAACUUUAACCUCUUGAAAGCUUAAAAUUUGGCUGUUGCUUUGUCAGUCAAAGGCAGAACUUUAAUCAUGUUUGUUACCAUUUUUAACCAUUUUCAAGGCCUAGAAUAGUGUAAAAAGGCCUAAUUUCUAUAUAUACUUUUAUUCUGUCCACCAUAAAUCCACAAGAAAGUGUGUGUGUGUGUAUGAGUGUGUGGGGUCACUUCAUACCACACACUCCAUUUUUGAGACUGCUUAAAUUUCAUCUUAAAAGGGCAAAGCUACCUCUGAUUUGUUUGAAACACAGAACCCGAACGUUGCCUGAACGCAUCACACCUUUGAACUCAUCGUGAACUGACACCAUGUCAAGAAAUUUCAUAUAUAUAUACAUAUAAUUUAAAAUCUUUUCCAAUGCUGUUGACUCAUUUGGGAUUUCUCAGCGCUCACAGAUUCCCUUUUGUACGUUAACACUUUUCUAUUGUCAUCUUUGGACUUGUUCACUCAUGAUUUGUAUGUAAUGGAUCUGCUGUAAGAGCUAUUUUUCUAAUCUAAGGUCCCGUAGCUCAGCUCUGUCCUGUUUCUACUGUCUGCAUCCAGCUUGUCAGUCUGCAUUAAGCAUGCAGCACAGAAAGGCUGCAGUUACCGUGUGACGGUCAUUCCAGCAAACAGGUCACUGCACAAACUCUCUGAAGUCUUUUUACCACCGAUUUCACUUCUUGGCGUCAGCAACGGCUUUUAAGUGUUUUUAGUCAGCAUCUAUUUAAUUUAAGUGGAGAUUCUGUUGCAUGAGGAGGUUUCCAGCUGUGCCACAGGAUGAAUAAAUCUUGCUGUUUGUAUCGUGUGGGUUUGUAUAUAAAAACUGUGUGAGACUUUUUUUAACCUCUGACCUGCCCGAACUGUGGGACGAGUGGACGAGCAGGUUGUGUGUGUUGAGGCUCUGCAGCCGACGCCGUCCUCCCUCCUCCGCUCUCCUCCGGGUCAGAAGAAAGCAACCAUGGGAAGACAUGUAUGAACUCUUGUGCUUAUUCUGUCUUUAUUUUCAUUUCAUUUGUCUCCGUUCUCUUGUCUCUCAAUGUGAUGUGGUUGUUUUAAAGUGAGCAACAAUAUAAUAUCGAAAUAAACUGUUUUUCCUUU